AUGAGUUAUCAGUAUUAUGACGAGGGCCAGUCUUAUGGCAUACCUCAAUAUUCCUCAGGCGAGCAGCCACACUCACGGAACAUGUUGCCUUCGCAGAAUCGUAGAGCACCACAACCGCAACCAACUGGAAGUGGCAGCAGUGAGAGGCAACGAGGGCCGCCACCCCAACGACCCAUGAGACCUGGCCAACAGCAGCAGCAGCAGUAUAGCCAACCUAUGCCACCACCAGCACCGCCGGCCGGAAAUCUGUAUGAUGGUAGUGCAUAUGGCGAACCCGAGUACGCAGAUCAGAAUGAUGCAUGGCCGCUCCCCAAAGCACCACAGCGAGCACCGAUGGACCAAGUAUAUAGCGAUUCACGCAUUCCAAGUCCAAACAAUGGACAGAGACGACCACCACAACGACCCCAACGACCAGACGCUCAUCCGCCGGCCAUUGAGCCUCUUCGACAAGCACGAGUAGCGCCAGCACAACAGCAAUAUCGCUCCGAACCUCCACCGCCGCAGCCAUCUCACCAUGGUACAGGCCAGUGGACUGGUGAGGGUUACUCUUCACCCUCCUCCGCUCCUCAGCAGUCACAAUAUCAGCAAGGUGCUUAUGGCCAGGCCAACAAGCGGCCACCGCUUGGCCCCCCACCAUCUGCUCGUCGUGGUCCUGCCUCAUACUAUGCACAGCCUGCGCCAGUCAUGCCCAUUGCCGAGGAGACUGAUAGUAUGCGUGGGAGCACGAGGAACGGAAGCACUAUGGGCGGUCAUGACAGUAUGAGAUCUUAUGCCAGUAGUAAUGCCAUACCGAUUGGCAUCCCAGACUACUACCUCCAGCAACAUGGUAGUGUGCCGAGUCUACCUGGCAAUGGACGAUACGACAUACAGGACGAGCACCAAGAGUCACCUAUCGAACGAGAAGCUGAUCAUACCAUUGCUGACGACCGGAGCAGCUAUGACAGUGAUCGAGGCAUCACACCCGAACCAGCUCUCGUUCGACAGGCAAGUAUGGGCCGCAAGAGCAAGCCGACCCUGACCACAGUCAAAAGUGGUGAAAAGAUCCGAAGGCCUAGCGGUGAAGGUCUCGGCAGCUUACCGAGUCAGCAAAAGAACUCUAGACCAGAUGUUGAUGCUUUGGACAAGGAGCUAGGCUUCGCCAAGGAGACUGGAGGACGACUGACGUACGAUGCCAAUACUGACACUUACGGACCACCACGUCAAACACGAUCAGACAAUGUCGACAAAGAGCUCGAAGCAGGCGGUGUAGCAGCCGCUGCUGCAGCUCUGUACAAAAACAACUCGAACACUUUAUCGAAAGAGAACCUUUCUCAGCGGUCUCGCAGUAGCGAGAUCUUGGCUUCUGGCACCGGCUUGAUCGACCCAUCAGACUCAUCGGAGUCCGAAAAGAGCCAGCGGGCGAAACAGCCAAAGAGCAAAGGAGGUUUCCUUAGCCGCCCUACACAGGCCAGGAACACGUCUCGUGGGCCCUCGCCCUUGGUUAAUGAGGUCGACGUGAGGCGUUCACAGAUUGUGGCCGGGCUGGAGAAGGGCGGUGCUAUCAGCCCUCUGGACGAGAAGGAAAGCGAGAUGCUCAAAGCUCCUGGCAAAGGGCUCUCAUCGAAGGCAGGCAAACGUCGUCCACCACGCCUUGACGUCGAUGCUGUCCGCGAUGCCGAAGCAAGAGGCUCUCUGACCUCGUUGCCAGACCUCAUCGUCCGUGCGACAAAGCUCGCCUCGAAUCUCGACCGUGGCCGAACAGCUAGUCGACUGGGUAUGGACUGGCUCGGCGGUGAGAAAUCGGGCGAGCGCGACCGUCGUCUAGCAGAAGAAAACAAGAGGCGGAGUGGCAGUAUCAGUGAUAUGCUUGCUGCUUUCCCGGCUGCAGGACCCAAUGGCACACCGCCUGGUUCACGCGGAGGAGAUGGAUUGGGUGGAAGACGCUUGACGAACUGGUCGAGCUCGAAUCUGAGGCAUGAGCAACUGGGUUCGGAUAGUGAUGCUGGUGGGCAUGGUGUCGAGGGCAGGAAGCGAGGCAGACGGUGUUGCGGGAUGCCGCUGUGGGUGUUCCUCUUGCUUAUGCUACUGCUCAUUCUGCUUGCCGCUGCAGCUGUCAUCGUGCCGGUUGUUCUGAUCGUCAUACCGCGGCAAGCUAAUGCGGCAUCUUCGUCCACCGCAGGCUCGAAGGCACUGGCACAAUGCCAGAAGAAGCUCACUUGCCAGAACGGCGGCGUCAACGUCCUUACCGGCUCCGAUGCUGCGACGUGCUCAUGUAUCUGUGUGAACGGCUACACGGGCACGACAUGCGGUACAGCUAGCGGAGCAGGCUGCACGACUGCAUUCGUCGGCUCUAUGCAAAACACCACGCUUGGUGAUGCUAUCCCACGGCUGAUGACCGCAGCGGAUCGAAAUUACAGCAUCCCACUCAAUGCGCAGGCGCUGGUCGGUCUCUUUAAUCAAGCAGGCUUGAGUUGUGCAGGCGAGAACGCACUCAUUAGCUUUGCCGACGGUGAUGGUGGGAGCAGUAAGGUCAAGCGAGCGAGUGGCACAGUUGCCGAGAAGCGCCAGGACGGAUCUGCCACCACUACAUCCUCUGCUGCCGCAGGCACGGCGACAAGCAACGGCAUCGUGUUCGAAGGUGGCGCCACACCCACGCCCACCACGACGGGCUCAGACAACUCUUCGCCUACCUCGUCUUCCGCCGCCUCAGCAACAUCAAGCUCCUCAUCAUCUCCCUCGACAAACAGCGAACAAGACUUCGCCCGUAUAGCAAUCCUCUACGUCUUCCAGACCUCUGGCCAGCUAUCCCAAGCCGUGACUGCACAGAACAACCUCGCCAACUACUUCGACGGAAGCUCUUCCACCACUAGCAUUGGUAACAGCACCAGCGUGGCUUUAGGAAAUGGGGUGACUUGCGAUUUGCAGGGUCAGAAAAUCGUCUUCGGCAAUGGCACGACUGUGGGAGGCCAGUAA